UUCCCACAUGGUCGAGCUGGCUACCGCCAUAUUGCCACUACGUCCUAUAAUUUUCAGGAAAAAAACUAUAUUCGAGAAUUCAAAUAUGUACGUAUUUUAAGGAAGUGGAUGAGCAGCUAAAUCAAUAAGAUGCCGACCUACUUUCAGCGACCAGAGAAUGCUCUUAAACGAGCAAAUGAAUUUAUUGAUGUUGGAAAGAAGCAGAGAGCUUUGGAUGCUCUAUAUGAUGUCAUCAAGAGCAAAAAGCAUAGAACAUGGCAGAAGAUUCACGAGCCUAUUAUGGAGAAGUACCUCCAGCUCUGUGUAGAACUCCGCAAAAGUCACAUUGCCAAGGAAGGACUUUACCAGUACAAAAACAUAUGCCAACAGGUGAACAUCAAAUCGCUAGAAGAUGUGGUGAGGAAAUACAUCCGCCUGGCAGAGUCCAAGACUGAGGGAGCUCGCCAGGAGUCGCAUCAAGUUGUGGUUGAUAUCGACGAUCUGGAUAUUCCAGAUACUCCUGAGAGCCUGCUGUUGAAGGCUGUGAGUGGUGAGGACACCCAGGACCGAACUGACCGGGCCAUCCUCACACCAUGGGUGAAGUUCCUGUGGGAGUCUUACAGACAGUGCCUGGACCUGCUGAGGAACAAUUCCCGAGUGGAGAGACUUUACCAGGAUAUUGCUCAGCAAGCGUUCAAGUUUUGUCUGGAGUACACUCGAAAGACUGAAUUCAGGAAACUAUGUGAUAAUUUGAGGACCCAUCUUGGACACAUCCACAAGCACCAGAACCAGCAGACAGCCAUCAACCUUAACAAUCCAGACUCGCAAGCCAUGCACCUGGAGACCAGACUUGUCCAGCUUGAUAGUGCCAUCAACAUGGAGCUUUGGCAGGAAGCAUUCAAGGCAGUAGAAGACAUCCACGGCCUGAUCUGUCUGUCAAAAAAGCCUCCAAAGCCAUCACUUAUGGCCAACUACUAUCAGAAGCUAGGCCUGGUAUUUUGGAAAUCUGGAAACGCCUUGUUCCAUGCCAGCACACUCCACAGGCUCUUCCACCUGUCCAGGGAGCAGCGUAAAAAUCUCUCGCAGGAGGAACUCCAGAAAAUGGCAUCUAAAGUGCUGUGUGCCACUCUUGCUGUACCCAUCCCACCGUCUCGUAACGCCAUUGAUCAGCUCCUGGAGACUAACGAAAGCACCAUGGAGAAGCAACGUCGCCUGGCAACCCUGCUGAUGCUAAACAGCCCACCAACACGACAGGGUCUCAUUAAAGAUCUGGUAAAGUACAACAUCAUUCAGUAUGUGAACCCGGAGCUUCAGAAUCUGUACAACUGGCUGGAGGUUGACUUCCAUCCCCUCUGUCUAUAUGACCGAGUCAAGGCUCCAGUAGAGUUCAUCGCUGGUGUUGACGAGCUUAACCAGUACAUGAAUUGUCUUGAGAAUAUUCUCAUCACUAGGGUUUUGAAACAGGUAUCCCAAGUAUACCAGACCAUAGAGUUUUCUAGGAUAGCAGCUCUUGUCCCAUUUUCCUCUAGUUUCCGUUUGGAGAGAGUGAUUGUGGAAUCUGCAAGAACCUUGGAUCUCCAGGUGAGAAUCGACCACCGAAAGGCUUGCCUGAGCUUUGGUACUGAUCUUAUGGUAGCCCAGAAGGAAGAUGUGCCUGAGGGCCCUUAUAUCCAGAGCAUGCCAAGUGAACAGAUUCGCAACCAACUGACCAGCAUCGCUGAGGCACUUCACAAGUCUGUCAUCCUCAUUGAGCCCAAGGAGCGCAAGGUCCAGCGCGAGGAGCUGCGUAUGCAGAUCAUCAACAACUACAGGAUGACGUACAAGAAAGAUCACAGCCGAAUCCUCCAGCGUAGACAAAUCAUUGAGAGUCGUAAGGAGGAGCUGGAACAUAUGAAUGACCAGAGGGAGCGAGAAGAGUUGGAACAGGCAGAAGAAAUCAGAAAAAAAGCUUACGAUGCAGAGAUGGCGCGCUUGGACCGAGAGGCAAAAGAGCGUGAGCGACAGAGGCGUGUAGAGGAACACAAGGAAAUUCAAAAGAAGCAUGCCAUGGAGAAAAUUGAACAACUCAAAAAAACUGAGAUUGGCUCCAAGGUUCUACAAAAUCUUGAUGAGGAGGACUUCGAGAAACUUGAUGUUGAUGAGAUCAUGCAGAAACAAUUGGAACAAUUGGAGAAGGAGAAGAAGGAAUUGCAGGAACGUUUGAAAAGUCAGGAGAAAAAGAUUGACUUCUUCGCCCGUGCCAAACGUGUUGAAGAAAUUCCUCUGCUAGUUGAACAGUAUGAAAAAGAAAGCAAAGAUGCCAGAGCUUUUUGGGAGCGUAUGGAAGAAGAAAGGAUUGAGAGGAUGAAGUCAGAGAGGGAAAUAGCUUUGGAGACUCAAGUUCGUCUCAGCCGCAUGGUGAAGGACAAGGAUGACUUCCUAAACAGACUCAAGGACCAGAGGAAGGAGGAGUUCAAGAAAAAGUUGACAGAAUUUGAUGAGAAAAUGAAAGAGGAGCGUAAGAGACGUAUCAAAGAGAGAAAGGAGAAGAGAAAAGAAGAAAGGAAAAAUAAAUGGAGGGAAGAAAAGGAAGAAGCAGAACAGAAAGCAAGAGAUGAGGCCCUUAUAAGGGAGCGAGAAGAGAAGGAGCAAGAGGAGAUGGAGAAGAUGGAGGAGGAGCGACGUGAAUAUGAGAAUAGACUUGCCAAACUUGAGGAAUUAGAUAACAGACGAAAGGCCAGGGAGCGAGAGAUUGAGGAAAAAGAGAUGAGGAGGCGUGAGGAGGAAAGGUCUGGUCAGAGGCGUGGAGAUGAGAUAUCCACGGAUCGUCCUACAUGGAGACCAGAAGGGGCACGUGAAGGAGGGGGAUGGCGCGAACGGGAAAAACAAAGAACUGAAAGCUGGAAAAAAGAAACUAGUCCUGUCAAGCAACCCGAGGAGGAAAGAUGGGGUGGUAACCGAGAGAGUGGAAGGCCUGAAGAAGGUAGGGAAGGCUGGCGCAGCCGUGAGGGACGUGAUGAAGGAGAAAAAGAUGGUUGGAGAGGUCCCAGGGAUGACAGAGAAAGUGAUGGAUUUAGAGGACCACCUAAGGAAGAUCGGGGUGGAUUUGAAAGAGGCCCUCGGGACAGUAGAGAUAGCUAUGGAGAUCGAGGGCCAAAAGAUGACCGUGAUAGCUUCAGGGGUCCUCCCAGAGAUGACCGUGAUGGACCAAGAGACAGGGGUCCCUCUAGGGAUGAAGGACGCUGGAGUGACCGUGGUCCGCGAGAUGAUCAAGAUGGACCAGGCUCCUGGCGAGGAAGAGAGGACAAAGGGCAAAGGGAGGAAGGCAGUGGAGCUUGGCGAGGAAGUCGUGGUGGUGACUCUGAAGGAGGGAGGAGAUGGGGAUCCCAAGGAGGGGAAUCAGAAGGCGGAAGAUGGGGUUCCAGAGGAGGGGAUUCUGAAGGCAGUAGUCAUUGGUCCAGAGGUGGUGAUUCUGAGGGAGGAAGAAGAGGCAUUGAUACAGAGAGUAGAUGGUCUAGAGGAGGGGACUCGGAAGGAGGAAGCAGAUGGGGCUCCAGAGGUGGGGACUCUGAGGGUGGAAGCAGAUGGGGCUCUAGAGGAGGGGACUCAGACAGCGGACGCUGGGGAUCCAGAGGAGGAGACUAUGAAGGGGGAAACAGGGGAGGUGACUCUGAGGGAGGAGGUAGAUGGAGUUCAAGAGGUGGAGACUUUGACAGUGUUCGAAGGGGAGGUGACUCUGAUGGUGGAAGUAGGUGGAGAUCAGGGCGGGCAGGAAUGCCCCGGGAUGUACGCCUGGAUGAUCCCAUCCCAGAGAACAGACCACAGCGUCAGGAGUCGAAGCCCAAAGCAGAGGAGACCAGGCAAGAAGGAGAAAGUAGGUCAUGGAGAGAAAACCCAUCCCCUGAAAAAGCUAAGCCUCGUGGUGAUGGGGAGAAGCCGGACGAAGGCUGGACAACGGUCAACUAUAAAUAGACGAUGGAUAAAUGUGACGUACAUCACCACUGCAAUACCCUUAAUUUUAUUCUGAUUAUCGUGUCAAUUAUAAGCUGAAAUAAAUCAAUAAAUUCCUUCUUUAUUGAAAAAUGAACAAAGAAGCUUUUGAAUGUUAGGUGAAUGGGGAUUAAAACCUACGGUGAAGUCACAGAAAUCAUGGUGAAUGGGGAUUAAAACCUACAGUGAAGUCACAGAAAUCAUGGUGAAUGGGGAUUAAAACCUACGGUGAAGUCGGUGAAAUCAUGGUGAAUGGGGAUUAAAACCUACGGUGAAGUCGGAGAGAUCACGGUGAACGGGGAUUAAAACCUACGGUGGAGCGGAGAGAUCAUGGUGAACGGGGAUUAAAACGUACGGUGAAGUCGGAGAGAUCAUGGUGAACGGGGAUUAAAACCUAAGGCAUUCAUUAGGUUGAUAUAAAUGCAUACAAAUGUAUUGAUUGACUCCAUAUUUUUGUGAAUAGAUAACACUUUGAAAUAAACUAUGUAUGGUAUUUGAAA